AUGCAGUCACCAGCGCGGCUGGCCUGCCCGAUUUGCCAGGAGGACGGCAUCACAGGCGAGCACAUCAAGCUUGCAGCUGCUUCGCAGGUUGCGAGCUGUGGCCACCGAUUCUGCACCCAGUGCAUCGAGCAAUGGGCCGCCAGCUGCUCUUCAUGCCCACUGUGCAAACAGGAGAUGGGCGCUCUCUUGCCACUCCCACAUGGCGAGACAGGAGGCUCUGCGCCAGCGAAGCGACGACUCGUUCCAGCACGGCAGCUGGAACUAAGCGACGAGGACAAGAAGCACAACAUCACUGCCGUGGAUCUGAGCGACAACGCCCUCGACAAUUCCGGAGGUGCCAAAGUAUUGGAGUAUAUGUUGGAAAAUGACUUGGUCAAAAGACUGGUGCUGAACGACAACGACCUCGGAGAUGACAUCGCCGAGGCGUUAGCAAACCUGUUGCAGACAAACUCCACGCUGGAGCAGCUGGAGCUUCAAGGAAACACGAUCUACACCGAAGGCAUGGCGUGCCUGGCGACUUCUUUACCCAAGAAUCGUGUGCUGCAGCAUCUCGACCUGGGCCACAACCAGCUCGGGAUUCACGGGGCAGAGCUCCUCGCUCCUGGGUUGCCAGGGUCGUCGUUGACAAGCUUGAGCUUGAGCGGCAACAGGAUCUGUGGAUCUGGUGCCCAGCAGAUCCUGUUGAGCCUCAAAGAUUCAGGUAGCGUGGCAUUCUUGGACCUGGCUAUGAAUGAAAUCGGCUCACAGGGGAUUGAGCUGAUGUGUUCUGCUUUGGCAGAAAAUGGAACCGUGACCAGCCUCAAUCUGGGCAGCAAUCGCAUAGAUGCAGACGGCGCCGUCUGUCUCUGCACUGCAAUCUCGGAGAAUACGGCGUUGCGCAUCGUGACAUUGCAACAGAAUGAGCUCGGCGAACAGGGUGCCGCCUCUGUAGCUGACAUGCUGGUGAAGAAUGGGCGACUGACCUGCCUGGACCUCACGGGCAACAGCAUUGGUGACGUGGGCGCGGCUAACAUUGCCGCUGCCAUUGAGAAGCACGGCAGCUUCAAGAGUCUCGCGCUGGCUCACAACUCCAUCUCUGACGAGGCCGCCGCUUCCCUGGCGUCUGCCGCACGCUCGUCACUGUGCUCUUUGGCCUUGGCCGGGAAUGCGAUAGGAGACGAUGGGGGCUCCCAGCUGCUGCAGGCAGCUACGGAGAAUGCUGAGCUCGUGGUCCUGGACCUGUUGUAUAACAAUAUCAGCUCUGAGGUCUCUGACGCUAUCGAGAAGCUUCUCAGAGAUAGGUGUGCGGUGGAAGUCACGAACCUCACGUUCUUUUGCUGUGCGAUGGAUGCAAUGCUGGGUAUCACACUUUUUGCAUUGGAAUCCCUGCUGUUCCACCCGGAGAUUGGUACUGCCAGAGGUGCGAGGGCGAGCGAGGCGCAAGGAUCGGCUUGGGGCGGCCUCCAGGGCGCCAGUCCUUCCUUGGCUGCGGGGCAGCUGAGGGUGGUCGACCUCGUCGUCGCCUGCGCCGUUUCUCAGGCAUUUGCUUGCGCGAGGGUGAUCAUGAUUCCCAGAUGUUUCUCAGAGGAGAGCAGAGAGCGCAUUGUGUUGGCCGUGUUCGUGUUGCCUUGCGUUCAGCCGAAGUUCAGCCAUCUCGACGAUCCUGUCCUGUCCCAAGUGACAAAGUCAUGUGCCUGUUUCACUUCUUUGCGAGGAAAGGAGGGCAGAGAGCGAAUUGCCUUGGCCGUGUUCGAGUUGCCUUGCAUUUGGCCCUCUCGGCGCAGCACGUGGCCAGCAUGCCGUGCUUUCACGACUCACAUGCAGCGCUUCAUGCUAGCCUGCCUUCACCCGUCUGGCUUCGCUUCUCUGGACCGACUCUGGGAGCUCGAGCGGAAGGUCUCGGAGCCUCAAGAGGAGUCCGUGUCAGAGGAGGCUGGUGCCAGGAGCCAGGCCAACCAGAAUGAGACACUUCCUCGGAUAGAAGGUGAUAACUAUUCCUUGGCAAGCGAGCCAGAGAGAGGUGAUGCAAUCAGCACUGUGAACGCUUGUCUGGAAAGCUCUUUCUCAUUGAAGCAGGCUGUGAAGGACGAGGCUAUCGACCCGAUGGAGAUGAAAGCCAUCCUCACACGCCUCGGGCGCUGCGCAAGCCAAGGCUCGACGCUCAUGAAGCGCAUCUUCGUUGACCAGGACGCGCCUUUUACCUUUCACGGCCAAAUGGCGGGUGAGGACAAGGACAAGAAACUGGCUUUGAGGCCAUGGGGAGAGGCUGAUGAGGCUUGCUUGCCGGCAGCCGAGAGGGCUGCCGGGGCUUCGACGCCGGAAGAUGCCGAGCAUCUGUUGACAGAGGCUGGCCACUGCCUGAGCGCGAUUGGCAGAGCCAUUGUGAUGACUCCAGUGCGCCAGGGAGGAGUUUCUGCUGCAGCCUCAGGGCUUUUCCACGUCAUGAGAUGUUGUAGAAGAGCUCAUGGCAUGCCAAUGUGCUGUAUGUCGAUAGCUAGCUGUUAG